AUGUCGCCACUUUUGCUGCUACCGCAAGAGCUAAUAUCGGCAAUUUGUGCUUAUCUUCCUAUAGAUGGGCUAGUCGCGCUGAAGCUGGCGCACCGGAUCAUCCAUUCCCGAGUGCAUAUCAAUCCUCAAUCGUGGUCAACCAAUAGAAUCUCACGAUGCACACGUCUAGCAAUACGUACCCACCUUGCACCACCGGAUCCUGCGCCCGCCCGAAAAUGGUGCAUCUUGUGUUGGAACAGCUACCCAGCAAGCAUGUUCCGCUCCUCGAGCAGCCCCAUCUGCACCCGUCGUUCUCUUGUUCAACAAGAUUCGGAGGUAGAGGUGCUUGAGCUCCCGCCGCGAAUGUGCUGCUGGCACAUUGGUCGUCUGACGAGGCUUACGAAUGGGUCAGCUGCUUCGAAUUGGUGUGCAUGCAUUGUGGAUCGGUCCAGGGCUGGAGGAAAUGUGACUGCGAUUGCGACAGCUGCGCGUUCCGGACCGUGCGGACCUACACGCGUUUCUUAA